CCGCUGAUUGGCUAGCUGGCCGCCGCUCGGCGCGGCGCCGGCUCCGCCCCCGUCGGGUGUUUGUGGUGGGGCUGCGGAGUCGCCGAUCCCGCCGGAAGCGCCAGGACAAUGGGGACCCGGGACGACGAGUACGACUACCUAUUCAAAGUGGUGCUCAUCGGGGACUCGGGCGUGGGGAAGAGCAACCUGCUGUCUCGCUUCACCCGCAAUGAGUUCAACCUGGAGAGCAAGAGCACCAUCGGCGUGGAGUUCGCCACCCGUAGCAUCCAGGUGGACAGCAAGACCAUCAAGGCGCAGAUCUGGGACACGGCCGGCCAGGAGCGCUACCGCGCCAUCACUUCCGCGUACUACCGCGGGGCGGUGGGCGCGCUGCUGGUGUACGACAUCGCCAAGCACCUGACCUACGAGAACGUGGAGCGCUGGUUGAAGGAGCUGCGGGACCACGCCGACAGCAACAUCGUCAUCAUGCUGGUGGGCAACAAGAGCGACCUGCGCCACCUGCGGGCUGUGCCCACCGACGAAGCCCGCGCCUUUGCCGAAAAGAACAAUUUGUCCUUCAUCGAGACCUCGGCCUUGGACUCCACCAACGUGGAGGAGGCGUUUAAGAACAUCCUAACAGAGAUCUACCGCAUCGUGUCCCAGAAGCAGAUCGCCGACCGUGCAGCACACGACGAAUCACCGGGCAACAACGUGGUGGACAUCAGCGUCCCGCCCACCACGGACGGCCAGAAGCCCAGCCGGCUGCAGUGUUGUCAGAACCUGUGACCACCCUCGGCCACCCCCCCACCCCCGCCCCGGCCCCGCCCCUCCUCUGUGGCCCCCAAUCCCCACCCAGCCCCGUCCUCCCUCCCUCCCUCCCAGCAAGCUCCAGACGGCCCGGCCUGGCCUGGGUGGUGGUGGUGGUGGUGGAGGGGGGUCACCCGGGAAGAACAGAAGGCGAGCGGGAAGCUGGGAGCCCCCCUGACCCCCACCCAUCGCCCCUGUGCUUCCCAGGGGGCCUCUUGGCGGGAGGGCGGAGUGGGCCCCCCACCUGCAGAUUCCACACCUCCACCCCUGCCCUGCCCUGCCCUGCCCUGCCCUGCCCAGCUGGCCUCUGCACCCCGAACCCCGCUGCAGGUGGAGGGCACAGCACCCUCUCCUCCUCCGGGGAGCACCCAGGCCGGCGGGGCGCUCGCUCGCUCGCUGGGGGCUCCCCCCACCCCAGCAGACCCGCCAGCCAGCCACCACCGCACCUGCCUGCGGGAGAAGCCGCCUCCUCUUCCCGCACGCUGAGCGCGUGCUCUCCCGCACCAAACCCCCCCCCACCCAAUAUGCCCCCUCUGUCUCGUCUCCCCCACCCCCCCACCCCGACCCCGCACCCCACCCCUGUCUGGUCAGGAGUCUGGGCGAUGAAGCAAUAUCUCCUUGUUUUGUACAUAACGCUCUUGUAGACUUGGGUUUCGUUUUUCUGUUUGGUUUUCGGUUGAUUGUAGAGAAACAUACUUUAUACACUUUGUAAGAUGACGCCAAACCCC